CAUUUCGUUUGCGGAGUGCGUGUGUGUGUGUUUAUGUAUAUAUAUAUUGAUGAUUAUUUUGUGCGUGUGUAUCAUAUGCGUGACCUGAAAAUUAUUCGAUUUGCUAAGUAGCCUCUUACCUACUAAUAACUAUAUAGUAGAGUAUAUAUACUACCGAAGACAUCGUGAGAAACAAGGUCGAGGGACUGCGAUUUGUGUUGGUCGAGAAGUCUGAUCUUCUCUUAUUUUAUCUUCUUCUCUUCUCUUAUAAGACUAAAUGCAAAGACGAAGGAGACCGAAGAACCAAAGGUGACGUUAAAAACUGGUUCCCUCCUCUCGCAUCGGUUACCUCUCCAACGAGCGCGUAAAUCCGCAGUCACUUCGCAGCCGGAUUCUCAAUUUCCCGGACACCCUCUUCUCUUUAUAUACAUUACAUACGUACAUAUAUACAUUUAUAUUACGCAUCACCACCAUCAUUAUUAUCAUCAUCAUCCAAACAGUUUCAUAUCACUAUAAUUACAAUCAACCCAUCUUGUUACACGCGAACUUGUUUAAUAAAUUUCAAUAAUUUUAACGUAAUUAUCAUCAAUAUAUUAUUAUUAAUACUCAUUAUAAUAAUACCAGUAAUACAUACACGCAUAUUUAUGUUUUUUUAAACAAGUGUGAAAAGGUUCAAGUCAGGUAAAAAAUUUUCAUAAUAUGAAAAUGUGUCUUGCUGACGUUUAAUAGCAGAGGGUACUUCUUCUUUCUUCUUUGCCUUGUUUUCUUCUACUUCAUAUCCUUCUUCUUUCUUCUUUCUUCUUCCUCUUCUUCUUCUUCGUCGUUGUCGUUUACUUUUUUAUCUUGUCUUGUCUUGUCUCAUGGGACUGGUGUACCGCAGCGGGAGUUUUUCGCCGGUGUGCAACAGUGUGCACACCCCCUUAUCCCGAUAUAUUGGAUGGAACUGGUAGAUAGGGAUCUCGCGCGGUAAGAGAGCACGAAACACAGCCUGCAGGCCUUUUCUCAUUGAGUCAGUCAGUCAGUCAGUCAGUUACUUAGCCGCAGUGAACGUGUCGACACGCUCCCCAUUUCUUCAUCAUCUUCUGCGGACAUCCACUGUGUAUUUAGUAUUUUGUAUCUUUCCGACCCCCACCCACCUUUUAUUACAAGUCUUUUGGCUCAAGCUUCCACUUUUUUUUUGCUGUCAGCACCAGCAUCACCACCACUUCUACUUCUUUUCAUUAUCAUUAUUACCAUUCUUUUCUUCUUCCUUCUACCGCAAGGUGAAUAAAACACCCGUGAAAUUUUAAAUUUUACGCUAAUUGAGUAAAUUCACGAUAAAACAAGUUAAUCAGUCAUUAUUAACAUCCUUAUUAUUAUUUGACUCCCGCUGAUAAAACACCUGUUGCAAAGAGAUAUGCCGUGGGUUUCGCACGUCAUCUUUGCGGCUGUCGCUGCUAGUUUUGCUUCUGUGAUUCUUCACACUGAGCAAGUAAUUGCUAGGCAUCAUCGAAAAGGUAAUCCUCAUAAGCCUGAAGGUGACAUAUCACUUUGGAUUGAUCGACAGCAGAUUAAAAUGUUUAGUGGAUUAGAGAUGGAAAUUUAUGCGAUAACUGAAGGAAAAGUACUGUCAUAUUUACUAGAUCCAGAAUUGGAGAAUAAACUGCCAAUAAUACCUAGUGAAGUGUCUUAUGUUAAUUUUACGUGGAAAUCUGGAGUUAAAAAAUAUUAUUACCACUUUAACCGGUUGAAAUCGCUUGACGAGUCAAUAUUAAAAACGCCAUCAAUAACUAUAAAAACGAAAGGUCGUGUACCUAAAAGACCUAAAGAAUUCAGCAUUUUAUUAACCUGCUCUGGCAAUAGUUCUGGAACAGUACAAUUUAGCAUUGGACUGGUGAUUGAGAAGGGCAAGGGUAAACCUCUAAAUGGGACUCCCCUACGUCUCAACUUGAGAAAAGAAUGCGCCGUGCGCGGUGAGUGCGUCAGUCGCGCCCAAGAUCACCACUUCUCCACUCACACAUACAAACCUAAUCCAGGACCAUGUCCUGAUGGUUACAUGGGUCCACCGCAUUGCAAAAAAGCUCUGUGUUAUCCAGUUUGUAUGAACGGUGGCAAUUGUACAGCACCAGGAGUCUGUUCAUGCCCACCUGGAUUUCAAGGACCUUAUUGUGAAGGCGGAAUUUGUACAGAAAAAUGUUUGAAUGGCGGUAAAUGUAUUCAAAAAGACACAUGCGAGUGUCCUAAAGGAUAUUUUGGUUUACACUGUGAAUUUUCAAAAUGUGUAAUACCAUGUUUAAAUGGCGGUAAAUGCAAGGGAAACAACAUCUGUAGAUGUCCAAAUGGUUUCAAAGGAGAUCAUUGCGAAAUAGGACGAAGAUCUCCCCAAAGAUCAGCAUGUACAAGAGCAUGCAGAAAUGGAACCUGUCAACCUGACAACACGUGCCUCUGUGAUGCCGGAUGGUUUGGCAAAUUGUGUAAUAAAAACAAACCGUGGGCUUAGCAUUUUUUUAAAUAUUGUUUUGUUCCAAGUGUAUAGUUGUAAUAAUUAAUUAACUCUCUCAAGUCUCCAGUAUUUUAUUUUUGUACCAUCAGAUGGAUAAAUAGGAGUGUGAGUAACUCAAAAAAAAUUUUCCUCGAUAUUGAAUUUCUAUAAGAACAAACAUAAUAAUAACAAAUAUUAUUAUUAAUUAUUUUUACUAUUAUUAUAGUUUUUAAUUAUAAUUUUUUGUG